GUCAUCCUGGGAGGGUUGGUGAGAUGUAAACACAGACGGGCGGGGCUGAGACAGAUCUGUGUCUGUUUUUGCUAAAUUGUAGUGUUUUAAAACAUAAUUUACAGCCAUAAUGCCUCUAUACGAAGGUUUGGGUGGUAUAGGGCUAAUCAACGAGAAGAAUAUCACCGUGAUUAUUGACUUUGGAUCAUCUUAUACGAAAGCUGGGUUUGCUGGAGAAACUGGACCACGUGUAAUAACAAAAUCUGAAGUUAAGUGCCGAGAGACUGGGAAGAUUGUGCCAGUGUUUGAGGCUAAAGAUGAUGAGGAAUUGAGACACCAUCUGGUAGACUUCAUCCACAAACUUUAUUUCAGAAACCUUCUUGUGAACCCCAAAGACAGACGUGUGGUGGUAGUAGAGAAUUUGCUUGGUCCAAGCAGUGUGCGCAAUGCUAUAGCCAAGGUUUUUUUCCGCCAUUAUGAGGUGUUGUCAUUGCUGUUUGUUCCAUCCCAUCUAGUAUCACUGAUGACUCUAGGAAUGAACACUGGUCUAGUAGUAGACCUUGGAUACAACGAGACCACAGUUGUGCCUAUAUAUGAGAGUGUGCCAAUCCUCAGUGCUUGGCAGGCUUUACCUUUAGGAGGAAAAGCUAUUCACAGUUCGUUGUGUGAGCUGUUAUUAGACCGUGCCUUGACUGUAGGAGAAGAUGGAAAAGAGCAGAGACUAUCUGCAGUUGUUGAGCAGUUGUCAGAUAAGGUCUUAGAAGAUAUUAAAGCUCGCACAUGUUUUGUCACUUCCCUUGAUCGGAGUGGACGCCUACAAAAUAACAAAUACGACAGAGCUGUGGAGCCCCCACCUCCUCCACCAAGUGUUCAAUACCCUAUGUCUGGCAGCCGCAUCCUUACCCUUCCUGGCUCUGUGAGAGAAAUGGUAACAGAAAUUCUCUUUGAACGAGAUGAAGACAUGCUCAGUGUCCCUUCCAUGAUACUUAACUCUCUUAUGAAGUGUCCCAUCGAUACAAGGCGUGCUCUUGCGGAGAAUUUAGUUCUCAUUGGUGGUACUGCUAGUCUGAAGGGCAUGAAACAUCGGAUUUUGUCUGAAGUUCGGGCAUUGGUCACAUCACCACCUUUCUCAGAUGUACUGCAGAUCAAUUCCUUCAAGGUUCAUCACCCUCCAGCCAAAGACAACUAUGUGGCAUGGUUGGGAGGUGCCAUCCUAGGAGGGACAGAAGCUGUUGUUCUUCGGUCUUUGCCACGUGACCAGUACAUUAUAAAUGAUACUGUUCCUGACUGGUGCAAUCUAGCAUUUAACACUAAAGAUGAACAUGAUGAGAAGUCAGCGUGAGGAACUGCCUUUACUACCACAGAAAAUAUCUGGGAAUUCAACAGUAAGAUGUGAUUGUAUUUCAAAGUCAGACUGUUGUAUGUAGAUUUUCACAAAAUUCAAUGAUUGAGGUUUGUUUACGAUACUACAUAGGAAGCCUUACUGUACUAUACAAAAAUAUGGAUGGAUAAAAUAUGGUAGUAUUAUUUGAAGCUGUACGGAGCAUUCUGCUUGAACCAUAGAAUCACAAUCCUCUCCAUCCCAAUGUGACAGAUACAUGCGGUCAAAAAAGUAUAUGUGCACAUCUCGCAUGAAACAGUCUGAUACCACAGAUAAUGAAUAUUGCAAAAUGCCAUACUGUACAUUGCUUGGUGGCAACAUUUCCUGUUUUAUCUAUAGCAAAAAUUGUUACUACAGUAUAUGCAAAUUCAGAAAAAAUAUUAAUCUUGCAAACAAUUUGCAGCUCGGUUCUUGGUGGUUACAUUGCGGCAUAGGUGUAUUGGUCAUUUAGGAAAUCAUCGGAAUUAAUGUUCAUAGAAACUUUUUUGAUUGUGUGUACUGUACAUGUAUAAGGUAGAUUGCAUACAACUUCAUAUUAUAGGAAUACAUCACUACUGUACCAGGCUAAUUAUUGCACCGGCUUCUGGAACAGUGAAAAUUCCAGUACAAUAUUGUAUAACAAAGCUCUUGCCACAGUGAUACACUCCCCAGCAUUCCCAGUAUGGUAUAAUGUUGUAUACUCAAACUAUAAGGCAGACACUGCUUGAGAAUGUGAAAACUUUGCCAUUUUGCAAAUCUUAUAUUUUUAUCUAAAAUACACCAUGAGGUAAUAUUACAGGGGUUUUAAUAUACCGUAAUCAUAAACAAAUAAUGGUAUUAAAUGGGCAAUGCUAUUACCUGUAUAUUGUCUAGUAAAGCCAUGGAUUACAUACAUACAGCAUGCCACAUUAUGAACCACUGUACUUUUCUACUUCAAAAACUUUCCAGUAAGUCUUCCUUCCACAAUAUAUACUCCUCUCCAAGGAAUUCCUUCUAUGUCAGGCACCUUAUUUAUUCAAUAGUAUUAAGCAAUGUACACCAAAAAUAAACUGUCAAGCCGAAAAA